AUGGAGCUCCCAGCGUUCCUCCUUCUGCUAGGCCUCUGCUCCGCUGGCCUGGUUCUGGGCUCCGAGCAUGAGACGCGUCUGGUGGCAAAGCUAUUUAAAGACUACAGCAGUGUGGUUCGGCCAGUGGAGGAUCACCGGGAGAUUGUCCAGGUCACCGUGGGCCUACAGCUGAUCCAGCUCAUCAAUGUGGUAAGAUGGGUGCUGGGGGUUCCCUGUGGCACCCACUGUGUGGCACCCACCCUCAGCUUCCCUGUACAUUCCCUAAAGAGGGGGCUUCUUUGCUUACAGGAUGAAGUCAAUCAGAUUGUGACCACCAACAUCCGUCUGAAACAGCAAUGGGUAGAUUGCAACUUGAAAUGGAAUCCAGACGACUACGGUGGGGUGAAAAAAAUCCACAUCCCCUCGGAAAAGAUCUGGCGGCCGGACGUCGUUCUCUAUAACAAUGCAGAUGGCGACUUUGCCAUUGUCAAAUUCACCAAGGUGCUCCUGGACUACACCGGCCACAUCACCUGGACGCCUCCAGCCAUCUACAAAAGCUACUGUGAGAUCAUUGUCACCCAUUUCCCCUUCGAUGAGCAGAACUGCAGCAUGAAGCUGGGCACCUGGACCUAUGAUGGCUCUGUGGUGGCCAUCAACCCGGAAAGUGACCAGCCGGACCUGAGUAACUUCAUGGAGAGCGGGGAGUGGGUGAUCAAGGAAGCCAGGGGCUGGAAGCACUGGGUGUUUUACUCCUGCUGCCCCAACACCCCGUACCUGGACAUCACCUACCACUUCGUCAUGCAGCGCCUGCCCCUCUACUUCAUCGUCAACGUCAUCAUCCCCUGCCUGCUCUUCUCUUUCCUAACCAGCCUGGUGUUCUACCUGCCCACAGACUCAGGGGAGAAGAUGACGCUGAGUAUCUCUGUCUUGCUGUCCCUCACUGUGUUCCUUCUGGUCAUUGUGGAGCUGAUCCCGUCCACCUCCAGUGCCGUGCCUUUGAUCGGGAAGUACAUGCUGUUCACCAUGGUGUUCGUCAUCGCGUCCAUCAUCAUCACCGUCAUUGUCAUCAACACGCACCACCGCUCGCCCAGCACCCACAUCAUGCCUGAGUGGGUGCGGAAGGUUUUUAUCGACACUAUCCCAAACGUUAUGUUUUUCUCCACAAUGAAAAGACCAUCCAGAGAUAAGCAAGAGAAAAAGAUUUUUACAGAAGACAUAGACAUCUCUGACAUUUCUGGGAAGCCGGGGCCUCCACCUGUGGGCUUCCACUCUCCCCUGAUCAGGCACCCAGAGGUGAAAAGUGCCAUCGAGGGUGUUAAGUACAUCGCGGAGACCAUGAAGUCAGACCAGGAGUCCAAUAAUGCAUCAGAGGAAUGGAAGUAUGUUGCCAUGGUGAUGGACCACAUUCUCCUUGGAGUCUUUAUGCUGGUAUGUCUCAUCGGGACACUGGCUGUGUUUGCAGGUCGGCUCAUUGAGUUACAUCAGCAAGGAUGAGCAGAAGGUUGAACCUACCUCUGCCCCAGCCCCAACCAGCACUGGGAAAGAGGAAGUUCUUUAAUACGUUCACAUUUACCAAACAUGCAGUGUUCUACAUGUCCCAUUAAUAGUAGUGGUCUCUGUUUACAGGCUAUGGUCUUGAAGUAU